AUGAGAGAAAAGGAACAAACGGAUGAAGCUGUUAUGGAAAUGGAGAAUGGAAUCAAGUGGGGUAGGAAAAAAAGAAAAUGUCGAAGUUCAAAUCUGGGAAAAAAAGGAAUCACAUUUGUAGAUCAAGUCUUUAGCAAUUCUGAAAAUAACUUGAAGUUGUUCAGAUCUGGGAAACAAAAAAAACAUGUCGAUUCUGAAGAAACAGCUCCUGAUUCCAAAGAUUCAGUUCUGCACAAAAGAAUUAUCAUUAAAUAUGCUGAUGCUGAACCAUCAGCUUCUGCUUCAAAUGCCCAGCAGGAUCACCAGGACCUACCGCAGCUCCAGAACGAAAAAAGUCCAUCAGCUGCUCCAGGAGCCCUAGGACAAUUCGGAGGAGCCGCUCUUCCAGAACCACUAGGACCAGCCGGACAACCAGGAUUCAACAGAAACUCCGGAGCUCCAGAAGCCCCAGGACAAGUCGUCGAUGUUCUAGGCACUCCAGGACCAGCUAAAUCACCAGGGUUUUACAAAUUUGCCGAAGUUCAGACACGACAUGUGCCUGCCAUUCAGAGGUUAUUCAGAGUGCCGAUUUCGAAGUUCCUCUCCCCGUAG